AUGCAUCUUCCGUACCCUGCGCGGAAGGACUCGAACCCGGCGCCGUUCCAACCCCGCAGCAGCAGCAGCAGGUUACAAUCUGUCAGGCGCCUCGCCCUGCCGCGGCGGUACCGACAACAUGCGGUCGCGAUCGCAGUCUUUGUCCUGAUCGCGCUGGUGUGGCUUGUCACGCGCGGCAGCAGCUCGACGCCAGCCGCCGGCGGGCCCUUGGGACUGGCGAACCAUGUCCCAUCGGGGAGACCGCCCGCGGUGAUUGUGACGGUGCUAGACGAGAGGAGGUUUGGAUCCAAGUAUACAGAGUUGUUGAAGGAGAACAGGAAACUUUACGCCGAAAGGCAUGGACGGAUUUCUCCGUCAUCAGGCUACAUAACAUUCUUCCCGCAGGUCGGCGACUACGACCUCAAGAAGUCCCCGAGCUCAUGGACCAAAAUCGUCGCGAUGCGCCACGCCAUGACCAAGUUUCCUGACGCGUCGUACCUGUGGUACGUGGACGUCGACACGUUCAUCAUGAACCCGCAGAUAUCGGUGGACAGAGACGUCAUGGCGCCCGCAAAACUAGAGGCUACAAUGAUUGUCGACCACCCCGUCGUCCCCCCGGACAGCAUCAUCCACACGUUCUCGCACCUGGGCGGCGGAGACGUGGACUUGGUGCUGACCCAGGACAAGGAGGGCCUGGUGACGUCGAGCUUCGUGCUGCGCAACUCAGAGUGGUCGCGGUACCUCCUCGAGACCUGGUUCGACCCGAUCUACCGGAGCUAUAAUUUUCAAAAGGCCGAGACGCAUGCACUGGAACACAUUGUCCAGUGGCACCCGACCAUCCUGUCGAGACUGGCCCUGGUGCCCCAGCGAACUAUCAACUCGUACUCAAAAGCCGGUACCGGCGAGGAGUACCAGACUGGCGAUCUUGCCGUCCGCUUCCCCAAGUGCGCGAAAUCAGUCCAGAAGACGACCUGCGAGGCCGAGGCGGAGCCUUGGGCCAUGGUGUGGAGGUCAGCCUAUAGAAAUCGGUGA